AUGAAAGGUGGUCUGGCUGCCGCAUUGGCGACCUUAUCUGCAACAAAAGCCAGCGGCAAAGUCCUCCGCGGAGACGUGAUCGUGGCCGCAGUAUCAGACGAGGAGGAUGCCUCGCAGGGGACCCAAGAUGUGCUGGCAGCCGGCUGGCGUGCGGACGCGGCGGUUGUUGCCGAACCCACGAUGGGUGCGAUCGCCACAGCCCACAAGGGGUUUGUGUGGGUGGAUGUUGAUAUUCUGGGAGUAGCCGCGCAUGGAUCCAACCCGGCGACUGGAGUGGAUGCCAUUCUGCAUGCUGGAUGGUUUCUGCGGGCCCUGGAGCAGUAUCAGGAACAGUUACCCGUUGAUAAUCUCUUGGGGCAGGCAUCGCUUCACUGUGGCUUGAUCCAAGGUGGUGAGGAACCAUCUUCAUACCCUGGAAAGUGCACUAUCACCGUUGAAUUCCGCACAAUUCCCAGUCAGACCGAGGCUUCGAUUCUCCGCGAUCUGAGUGUAAUGCUGGGACAGAUUUCUCGCGAUAACACUGGGUUCCUGUACGCAGAGCCUCGCGUCACGAUGUCUCGCCCGACGCAAAAAGUGGCAACGGAUCACCCUUUCGUGGAGAAAGCUAUUAGCUGUGCAUCUGCUGUUUUUGGCACUAAGCCUGUGGUUCAGAGUGUGCCUUUCUGGUGUGAUGCGGCCCUGCUCGGCGAGGUUGGCAUCCCAUCGGUUGUGCUGGGCCCGGCAGGCGCAGGCUUGCAUAGCAAGGAGGAAUGGGUCGAGGUGCAAAGUCUGCAGCAGAUGGAGGAGGUGUAUACUAAAUUGGCGCAAGAAUUUUGCUCCUAA